AUGUCCUUUGCCGUUGACCUAGAGGCGCAGGAUGCGCCGUCUUCUCCUCAAUCAGAGCUCGAUGUUAUCAUUUCCAACACCUCAGAACAAAUACAGACUUUCGGCACUCUCAUGUCACAAUUCAAUGCCCAACGUAAGCACGUGGGCAGCAGAAGGGACAACAUGGCGUUUCGGGACAGCGUGGACGCGCUUGAAAGCAAAAUCUCUGCUCUUUCUGCCGCAAUCAAAACAUUGUUAAUGAAUGUCAAUGCUGCCAUGAGUGGGAAGCUCGAGGUUUCGAACAGGCAGCUUGUUGCAAAAGAGCGCCUUUCCAACGAGUUCAGAGAGCUUGCCAAUGCUUUUACCGCGAGCCAAAGACAGUACGCUGAUGCCAAGAGAAACGUCCCAGUUCGGGCCGAUAUAGAGCCCUCUGGCGUAAGUAGAAAGGCAUCCAACGCCACAGAAACGACUCCGUUGGUGCAAACCCAGGUCGACCAGGACACCAUCGAUGCCACCGAACUCCAGUACCAUAUGCUUCUCAGCGAAGAGAGGCAGCGGGAAAUCUCGCGAGUCAGCGAAGGAAUCCGUGAAGUAAAUUCCAUCUUCAAGGAUUUGGGCCAGUUGGUCAGUGUUCAGGGUGAGCAGCUUGACACCAUCGAAGACAAUAUCUUGCAAAUGCAUGGAAACACGCAGCAGGCAUCUCGCGAGCUUCAGAAGGCACACGAGUAUCAAAAACGCCGUGGCAAGUGGAGCUGCAUUCUUUUGAUUUUCCUCUGUGUGUUUGUGUUGGUGGUUGUUCUUGCGGUGUUGUCUUAG